AUGUGGUUGUACUUUUCUGCAUACCAGAUUUUACUUUAUCUGUAUCUGAUGAAUAGUUCUACUACACUAGAUUGUGAUGUCGCUCCGGUAAUAAGUAAGGGGGUUACUACAGACGCGAUAAUGUGUUGUACUAGAAGACUCUUAGGCAGUCGUCCAAUGCUAGAAGUCGCCUGCUUAGGGUGUAAAAGACUCUUAGCGUCGUUUCUCUUUACUGCAGCUAACGCUAAGCUGCUUAGUUUCUCUGGGUUGAUUAGCAAAGAAUGUAGAAAGAUGUUGGAGAUGAAAGCUGUUUCAUGUCGUAGUUUUGUUGAUGUCGUAGUUUUGUUGUUUUGAUGCACGAAAAGAGAUAUUCUCUACAUGGUAACGAUGAAGAUGAACAAGAUGAAGACAUACGCAGAAGCAAGUGUUUUUCUUGAACAGCUUUCCCCCCAGCGGCAGCUUCGGUUGACGCGUGGGCAAGGCUACUGGUCGCGCCGUCGGGUCGCCGUUAGGUUGACCAUGAUGAAUGAAUUCGUGUAGAAAAGGCGGUCAUGUGCACGCACGGUCACGACGUGUGGCGUGAACGCAGAAGAUUUUUUUUGACGGUGGUUACUUCUUGAUAUUGUCGUAGUUGUACUGGUGACAACUCUAAUUCUACUAAUCCUACUUAAUGAUCAUGGUCAUCAAGAGGAUUUUCAACUUUAAAUAGUUACUUUCAUAAGUAGAUCUAGAUGAAGACGAGCUAGAUAAAUAGAUAGAAGAGAGCUUCAGCGGCUCCUAUCUGGCUUCUUACUCGACUGAAAGUACAGUUAUACAUAGAGUCUUUUCUACAACGCAUCAUGUCAUUAAACAGAGGAUAUGUUUUGCGUACAUGUGUAUGAAUUGCAACAAGCAUCGAUGAGCUCCCAAGAAGGAAGGUUGAGGUUCAGACUUGAAUUAUCUACUGAAUGUGACAAAAAGCACAUAGAAUACUUGCGCCACAAGCAGAAAGAUUGACUUGACAUUGACUAUGAUAUUGAAGAAUAAUGAAAAUUGCAUUUGUCGUCCCGAAAAAUCAAUCAAGUGAAAUCUCAAUCUCUGAUGAAUUCACUUGUGAUUGAUUCAAUUGUUAAUCCUCACUCUAAAACUAAUGAAACACUGAAUGUUAUUGACGCCCCUUUUUUCAAAUGUCCUCGUAUACGUUGGCCGUAUGAUAGUUCGGCCUCGAUAU